AUGCCGUCUUCCAAGAGACCGCCACCCGAGAGGUCCAUCCUCAAGAAGAGUGACCCUGCGCCGCCGCCACUAGACCCCCGAGCUUUUCCCAGGUUGUCUCCCAGUCAGCUUCCGGAGAAUGCGGUUGACGACGAUGAGAACGAGGACAUGCUGCCUCCCGCCUCGAUGAUUGGGGUCCUCCCAAUAAAAUCAAGGCCUGGUUCCAGGGGUCUCGCUUCAGGGAACAUGAGGCUUCCACGGCAUCCCAAGAAUCUCAACUCUAUAGUUAACGAUCAGUGGCAGAGGGCACCUACCCAGCCAUCUAAUCGCCCUCCUAACCCCAAUCAGAAGCAUCUUCAGCACAUGCUGCCCGACGAGACAGGCCUCCAGAAUGACUCGGCAGCUGGCGAAGGCAAUGCCGUUGGUCGACUGCUCCGCUCACAGUCGGAUACAACAGUAUUCGGAAGCAAUCCCGGAAAUAACCCAAUAAGUAACAUCCGUUCCAGUUCCCAACAGACAUUGAAGCUGCAGCCUGUGGAAUACGACGCGGAUAAGCCCCUGCUACGAGUUGUCGGCUUCAAAUACUCUCCGAAUCCAGAGGCUCGCUCAUCCCCGGUGGUGGCGGCCUCGCCCUCCGAGUCCGACCAGAAAAUAGCUCCAAGACAGAGCCAGCAAGAUAACGGUAUGCUCAGCCGCGUCCCAACUGGCCUGGGUAUGGGCAGCAGCAUGGCAGCCCUCUGA